CUUUCCUCCUCCCCACUGGCUACUGUGCAUGGAAGCGGCAUUCCGCACGAGCACCAAGCUCAUCAGAUUCGCUGGCCCCCAUCGCAGACAGUGAACCCACACGUGCUCUCACGCCCAUUUACACACACACAAAGGCACACCGGAGCGCACGCGCAGCGGCACAUCCCCCCGGCUCCAAGGAAGAAGAGAGAGAUCCGGAAAUGCUUUCGGCCCUGUCGCGGCUAUCCGCCCCGGGAUUGGCUCCCAUGGCGGCCCUCCGGCCGGUCGCCCUCGCCAUUGCCCCUCGCGCGGCCUACUCCAAGUCAUCCAAGGACCCGUCCCCCAAGACGCCGGUGGAUGUCGUGUAUGAAGGCCAAGCACCGCUGCGCCUGCGGCGAUCCCACAUUAUCCACAAGGACUUUCGCAUCUUGGACGACAAGACAAUGCGGCGCAUCAUCAAGACCCAAAACCUCGAGCCAGAGCCACUGCAAAACGACUCCUUCUUCUUUACGGAGAUGGACCAGAAGGAAGUCCUCAUCCCCGAGCGUGUUCCCAGCCUGAGUAUCCAUCGCUCUUCAUCCAUCUAUCCGGCCCUGGAUGCGUUGUUGAACAACCGGCUGGUCGAUGAAAAACGCCGCCGCAAAGCCCAAGAGUCCAAGAAGUUGGCCAAAUCAAAUUCCUCCCACCGCCGCCGGGGCAAUAGCAACGACGGGAACACCACCUCCGAGGCAUUCAUUCCCCUGGAGCCGGGUGUCUACACCCAGGGCGAGUAUUCCAGCAUGGGUGGCACCGGGCUUGGAUUUGGAUCCAAGGCCCUGGAGAAUGGCGACUUCGAGUCCUGGCGCGAACGGCGCUUCAUCACCCAGCGCACCGCGGAUCGGGCUCGGCAAAUUGCCACGAAGCAGGUUCUGGCCAAGUACGGCUUGACUGAGGCCGCCCUGGAACUGCCAGCCGGCGCCGGCCCGGCUGCUGCGGUCCAUGUGAACAAACUCCAGCGUGAGAUCGCGGCCGUGGCCCGGCCCAUGUACACGUGGAAUCCCAAGCGCAAGCUCUCUCGGUCGGACAUGUACUCUCUUCGGGCCCUGCACAACCAGGAUCCCGGGCAGUACAAUGUCAUGAACCUCUCUCUGAUCUAUGGGAUCAGUGUCGAGGCCGUCCGGCGAAUUCUUCGAAGCCGCUUCGAACGUCGGGUCGACUUGAAUCGCUACCACAACACCAUUGUCCGGGAGAAUGUGGACGAAGAUCGCUUGGAUGCGCAUCUUGCCGAAGAGAACCGCCACCUGCUGGCGGCCAACGAACUGUCCCGUCGUUUGGAGAUGGAUCCGAGAUUUAGCCAUGCCGACCAGCCGUCCGACGACGAGCAGGAGGGCACGCCUGAGCAGGUGGUCAGCGUACUACAUGACCUGCGGAGCUCGCUGACUGAUUUGGAGCACACCCACCGGCUGUCCUACACCUCGCCGACGAUUCGCUCGAUUCAGACCUCGCCCGGGGAGUUCAUCGCCUUCCCGAAGGAUUAUCAUCCGGACCAGUAUCCCGAGCGGCGCUUUGGCUGUGUGGUUGGCCCGGCCAACUUGACGCCCCCGCGCCCGGGUAUCGAGGAUUCCGGCCUGUCCUCGGAGUCACGGGCCCUGCCACAUCCGCUGCUCCGUGCCAACCGGCGCCGGAGUCAGCUUUACAGCAAACAGGGCGAGGCCCUGCCAAUGGCACAGUGGCCGAUUGGCGUGCGCGUCCCCCGGCGUCGGCCUGGUGUCGAUGCGCCUGCCCCGGAGGACGGCCAGCCGGCGGCCCCGAAGAACGCCCAGCCGGCGGCCCCGUUGGAGACCAGCCACGCCAGCUGGAGGCAGUCUGAGACCGGCCGCCAGUCGCGACCCAAGCAGCGCCACCGCCCAUCCUCCCACUACCGCCCCCGUGGCAAUGCCAAGACCCCGGAUCGCAAGUAAUGUCAUCCUCCUCCCGCAUGCGAUUUCCUUUCUCCUUUCCCCUCUUCAUAGACUCUCCGGCGACGCAUGAUGCUGCGCGAAACAAUGAUACAAAAGUUGAUUGCCACUUGGCACAUGCCUUUGUCACACUUUCCGGAGGGGGGGGGGGGAGGGAUACACAGGCAUGGGCGUGGUUUGUUGCGUGCCAGGCACCGGCCAUGAAGGAAAACAUCCAACGAGGGGAGAAGACCGGGGGGGGGGGGGGAAACAGGCC